AUGACAGACCACAACAAGGCUGCUUACAUCUCCGAGGAGGAGUACUUCCGCCUCGGAGAACAGGUAGCGUACUGGAGAUCCCAACCCGGUAUCACUGAGGAUCGUCCAGCGUGGAGCCUUGUCCGCUGGUGUGAGAGGACCCUCGGGGAGCUAGCCCUCGACCUGGAAGCCCGCUUGGCCGAGGGGCUGCGCAGGGGUCUCCAGCGGAUAGCUCAGCUCCGGACCCAGCGCUCAGUCGCUCCCUGCGAGCGGGGACCCGUCCUUCCGCCGUCCGCAUUGGCGGACGUAGCUCCACCUCCCGCCGCUACCAAAAGCCGGAGGAGGAGACGGAAGGAACCGGCGAUCGCCCCGACGAUCGCCUUGAGGGCAUGUGCCCUCAUCCCGGCGGCCCUCCCGGAGGAGGAUCGGGAGGUCUCCCCAAUCGCCCGGAAGGUCCCUAGCUCUGCUAAGCUGUCUCCCCAGGCAGCUUUUCCUGUCCGGAGAGCACCGGUCCUGGCUACGCCGUCUGAACGGCCACCGUUGCCGGCGGACCCCGCUCCCCGUCCCGUGACAGUCAUGAUGUACAUGAUUGAGAUGGAGAUCCAGAAAGUACAGGGUCGUAGUGAAGCUGGAGCCGACCACAGGAAGCACAUGGCACAAGGAUCCGUGCCUCCUUAA